GUUUCUUUCUUGCCCUUUAAAACCCCCUCACAUGCGUAUCGUGUUUAGAGAGAGAGGGAGAGAGAGACUUGUAGAGAGAGAGUGAGAGAGAGAGAGAGAGACAGGGAGACAGAGCAAUCAGGCAAGCAGCAAGGAGAGGUCAGGAUUUCUCUCGAAUCCACAAGAGGAAGAAGAGGAGGAGAAACGAAAGCAAGAAAUGGCCCCAAGGUCUGGCAGAGCAAAGGGCAACAAAACCAAGGCAGAUAAGAAGAAGAAAGAGGAGAAAGUUGUGCCCAGUGUUCUUGACAUCACUGUCAUCACCCCAUACGACACAAAACUUGUUCUCAAGGGCAUCUCAACUGAUAAAAUACUGGAUGUGAGGAGGCUACUUGCGGCCAAUGUGGGAACAUGUCAUCUCACCAACUACUCUUUAUCCCAUGAGGUUAAAGGACAUGGAUUGAAUGAUAGGUUGGAGGUUGUUUCUCUCAAGCCAUGUUUGCUGCGGAUGGUUGAAGAGGACUACACGGAGUCGCAGGCGUUGGCGCACGUGCGGAGGCUGGUGGACAUCGUGGCCGCCACGACCCGGGUCGCCAAACCCAAGGCCGCCGGAUCCAAGAAGACCGCCGCUGCCGGCGAGGCUCCAGUCUCUCCUCCUUCCAAUGGCGAAGUCCUCCGAUCAUCGGAGCCGUCGCCGUCGGCUUCGCCGGGUUCCCGGAGCUACGAAAUGGCGGCAAUUCAUCCCCUACCUAAGCUCUCCGAUUUCUACGAGUUCUUCUCUUUCUCUCACCUCUCUCCUCCAAUUCUACAUUUGGAGAAACUGCCGCUUAAGCAAGAGGAUCAAGGGCAAAAUGGCGAUUAUUUCCAAAUGCAGAUCAAGAUCUGCAACGGGAAGCUAAUAGAAGUAGUUGCAUCAGUAAAAGGGUUCUACACUUUGGGAAAACAAUCUCUACAGAGCCACUCUCUGGUGGAUCUUCUACAGCAGCUCAGCCAUGCUUUUGCCAAUACAUACGAAUUGUUGAUGAAAGCUUUUGUGGAACAUAAUAAGUUUGGUAACCUUCCAUAUGGUUUUCGUGCCAACACCUGGCUGGUUCCUCCAUCAGUUUCUGAUUCUCCAUCAAAGUUCCUGCCUCUUCCUGGAGAAGAUGAGAAUUGGGGUGGGAAUGGUGGAGGACAAGGAAGACAUGGUGAAUACGAUUCUAGACCAUGGGCGACAGAGUUUGCAAUAUUGGCAAGCAUGCCUUGUGGAACUGAGGAGGAAAGGGUGGUUCGAGACCGGAAAGCAUUUUUGCUUCAUAGCCUGUUUAUUGAUGUCUCAAUAUUCAAAGCUAUUUCCGCGAUACGCCAUUUAAUAGAGUCUUCAAUGAAGGCACAGAAAAAUUCAUUGAAUUCUCUUUCCGGUUUAAUCUUGCAUGAGGAUCGAGUGGGAGAUCUGUAUAUUAAAGUGCAACGAGAUGCAGGAGAUGCAAGCUUCAAAUCUGAAAUAAAAGUUAUUGAUAGCAAGUCAUUGAGUAUGUCUGCUGUCAAAGUUGCCGAAUGGAAUUUACUUAAAGGGGUAACUGCUGACGAAAGUGUGGUUAUUCGUGAUACGUCAUCUUUGGGGGUGGUUGUUGUGGGAUAUUGUGGAUACACUGCAACUGUAAAGGUUGUUGGUGAAGUGAAGAGAAAGUGCAUGACUGAAGAUAUAGUAAUUGAUGAUCAGCCUGAUGGAGGAGCUAAUGCUCUCAAUGUCAAUAGCUUAAGAUUUCGGCUUCAUGAGUCAUGUAAGGAUGACUUCUCUGGAGGAAGGCAGUUAUCUCAGUCUAAACUGGAUUCUCUUGAUAAUUCAAGAUCUCUGCCUCGUAGAGUGAUUAAGGAGAGUUUGAGGAAGUUAGACGAGAAAUCAGGUGCCUCUGAAAGUUCUAUCAGAUGGGAACUUGGUUCUUGUUGGGUGCAGCAUCUACAAAAGCAGGAAACACCUAGUGAUAACAGUUUGAGAAAUUCUCAGGAUGAUAAUGAGGCUGAUUUGGAAGUUAAAGGACUUGGGAAGCAAUUUAAAAGGCUGAAGAAGAGGGAAAAGAAACGAAAUAGCACGAGUUACACCAAUAAUAAUGAAAACGAUUCCUAUGCCAACAGCCUGGAUAUUGUACCCAGCACAGAGGAGAACAAUGGCAAGUCCAACAGUGAGACUGAGUUGAAGAACUUUAUUUCAGAAGAAUCUUUCUUGCGUCUGAAAGAAACUGGAACAGGUCUUCAUCUAAAGUCAGCAGAUGAACUCAUCAAGAUGGCAAAGAAGUAUUACAAUGAAAUUGCUUUGCCUAAGCUGGUAGCAGACUUUGGAUCACUUGAACUUUCUCCAGUUGAUGGACGCACUCUAACUGAUUUUAUGCAUCUAAGAGGAUUACAAAUGCGCUCUUUGGGUCGCGUGGUUGAACUUGCUGAGAAGCUUCCCCAUAUACAGUCGCUCUGUAUUCAUGAGAUGGUCACUCGAGCUUUCAAGCAUGUGCUUAAAGCCGUUGUUGCAUCAGUCAGUAAUGUGUCAGACUUAUCCACGGCAAUAGCUUCAUGCUUGAAUUUCUUGUUAGGGGGCUGCAGAGUAAAAGACAAUGAUCAUGACUUGCAUGAUGAUUCCGUCCUAAGAUUGCAGUGGUUGAGGACAUUUUUGGCCAAAAGAUUUGGGUGGAGGCUAAAGGAUGAGUUCCAAAACUUAAGGAAGCUAUCAAUUCUUCGAGGACUAUGCCAUAAGGUUGGAUUAGAGUUGCUUACAAAAGAUUAUGAUAUGGAAAGCACAAACCCUUUUAAGAAGUCUGAUAUUAUUAGCAUGGUUCCAGUCUGUAAACAUGUAGGAUGUUCUUCUGCUGAUGGGCGGACUCUAUUAGAGUCAUCUAAGAGUGCGCUAGACAAAGGAAAGCUAGAAGAUGCUGUCAACUUUGGAACGAAGGCAUUGGCGAAGAUGAUAGCUGUUUGUGGUCCUUAUCAUCGAACAACUGCAAGUGCAUACAGUCUAUUGGCUGUCGUUCUUUACCACACUGGAGACUUCAAUCAGGCAACAAUAUACCAACAGAAGGCUUUGGAUAUCAACGAGAGGGAACUUGGGCUUGACCAUCCAGAUACAAUGAAAAGCUAUGGCGAUCUUUCUGUCUUUUACUAUCGCCUCCAACACAUUGAAUUGGCUUUGAAGUAUGUCAACCGUGCCUUGUUCCUUCUUCAUUUUACAUGUGGACUCUCACAUCCAAAUACAGCUGCAACUUAUAUAAAUGUUGCUAUGAUGGAAGAGGGCAUGGGAAAUGUUCAUGUUGCUCUCAGAUACCUGCAUGAAGCCCUUAAAUGCAAUCAACGAUUACUAGGAACAGAUCACAUACAGACUGCUGCCAGUUAUCAUGCUAUUGCAAUAGCCCUUUCAUUGAUGGAAGCAUAUUCCCUCAGUGUGCAACAUGAGCAAACAACAUUGCAGAUUCUUCAAGCCAAAUUGGGACCAGAAGAUCUUCGAACUCAGGAUGCUGCUGCAUGGCUUGAAUAUUUUGAAGCAAAAGCCUUAGAGCAGCAAGAAGCGGCACGGAAUGGUACUCCAAAGCCAGAUGCAUCCAUUGCAAGUAAAGGCCACCUUAGUGUGUCAGAUCUCCUUGACUAUAUAAAUCCUGAUCAAGAUUCAAAGGGAAGUGAAGUGCAGAGGAAAAGGCGUUCAAAGGUAUUGCAGCUUAGUGGCAAAUCCCAGCAAGUGCAGGAUGAUUCAAUGGCCAGUGACAGUGUGACUCAUCUUGAUACAGAAGAGGCCACAGUGAUAGUAGAAACCAACAUGGAAGAGGAUAAGCCUGGAAUUGUUCUCAGUAAAGAACCUGAGUGCAGCAAUAUCUCUAGGAUUGAUCCUACGGUUUGCUGUGAAGUUGUCCAAGAAAUUAACUCUGAUGAAGGAUGGCAGGAUGCCAAUUCCAAAGUCCGGUUUGGAAAUGGCUCUGGCCGUAAGUUUGGUCGCAGACGCCCCACUCUCGCUAAGCUAAAUAUCAACAGUUCUGAACACUCUAAUUUUAGAGACAGCAGUUACAGGAGAGAAUCGAUGUUGCUGGAACAAAAAACAAUGCCAAAGACAUCUUCAACGGAACCAUUGUUAUCGAAGCAUCCAAAUGCUGUUGCCAGUCCGGGUGCCAGAGAGGAUUCAAGUAAAGUGCAGCCAAAGACUCCCUCUGCCAGAAUUUCCUCAAUCUCAGUUACCAAAGUUUUGCCCAGUCCUGCCUCGCUCACUACCAUGGCUUCAAAAUCUGUAUCAUACAAAGAAGUAGCUCUUGCACCUCCAGGUACAGUUACAAAGCCUUUGCUAGAGAACGUAGGAGAAAUAACUGUUGAAACUAAUACAGACAUCAGUAGUCCACCCCAGAUGCCAAAUGAGGAUGGAAGCAACAGAGGUGCUGUAGAAGCAGCAAUGCAAGAUAAUGAAGUCACAAAAGAUGUAAAUGAAAGUGGUACUCAGGUGGAAAUUUCUGUCUCGGAACUAGAGGGGAUUCCCUGCUCAACUAAUCUGGAAAAACCUGCAGAAAUAAAUGGAAGCAAGCUUUCAGCUGCAGCCAAACCAUUCAAUCCAGGGACCUUUCCUUUCACUCAACCAUUAAAUUUUGUUGCUGCAACAAGUGUUUAUGAUGUUAUUGCCAGCCAAGACAUGCUCGCAGAACCGGUAGGAUUCCCCCCAGUUGCAGCUAGAGUUCCUUGUGGCCCUAGAUCGCCUCUAUAUUAUAGGGCUACCCAUUCGUUCCACCUGAAACCUGGACUUCCAAAAUAUCACAGCAGCAUGACAGAACGAGGUGGAAUCUGUUCAAAAAUCAUGAACCCAAAUGCACCAGAAUUUGUUCCCAGAAGGGCUGGCAGUACGAGUCCAGGAAGUGAUGAUUCAGAAGAUUCAGCUGAUGCAAAUAUUUUGGUUACUAUCGGUAAGGAGUUUUCUGCAGAAGAAAAGUUUACCAAGAAGGUUGGUAACGAAGUUAAAGAUGGCGGCAAAUUGAAGAAAAGCAGUUCAGAUGCAGAGAAGUCAGAGAUAGCAAGGCAGAUACUGCUUAGCUUCAUUGUGAAAUCAGUUAAACAGAAUAUGGAUCCCGAAAAGGAGCCUGCAGUCAGCAAGAAGAAGUUCGACUACUCAGAAAAUUCUUCUGAAGCAAUUGCGAAUGACGGUGCAAUCAUAAAAAUUCUUCACGGGAAUGAAGGUAAGCCAGCCCUGGUUUCUGAAACUAGUGAGCAGACAAGAACAGCAGAGACAAACAAGAACAAGAAUGGUGACAGCGAAGGUUUUGUGAUUGUUACAAAGAGGAGAAGGAAUAGACAGCAGUUCACCAAUGGGGUAAGAGGCUUGUACAAUCAGCAAUCUAUAUGUGCUUCUGUCCGUUAAUGCCAGCAAAAAGAGAACCCAAAAAUGGAAGUUUCAAGCAAAAAGGGAUGUUGAGGUGUUCCUCUGUUUGUUCCAAGUAUGACACAGAUCUCUUCAAAUCACAGUUCUAACACGGUAGAAAUGAUUUGAGGUAAAACGAAGGAGGAGGGAGGGAGGGUUUGAAAUGCCAACAAGAAGUUUGGUUGUAUCCAUGAAAAGACCAACUUCAGAUGUUUUCCUGGAGAUGGAUUUCUUAUCUCCGAUGGAGAGGUUUUCCUUUUAUUAAUAAAUAAAAGAAGUUAAGUUUUAUCCA